CAUAAGUUAUCUAUUUAUAAACAAGUCAUAAUGUAGUAGCAAUCACAAACCACAAUCAUACUCAAGCCAAAUUGUAUCAAAAGUCCUAACAAAAGACAAUGUCAAAAUUGAGUUUCCAAAAGUUUUAUGGUAGCUUUUCAAAGAAGCCAACUUCUCCCCCAAAAUACCUAGCCCAGAAGAACAAAAGCUUUCAGUCGAGACAAACGUCGCAUGCAGCAACGAGUAACGAACCAAAGAAAGAUGAAAUAAAAUAUGUUUUUGAGAAAUUCGACAAAAACAAAGACGGAAAAAUCAGUCUUGAAGAGUACAAAGCAGCUGCAAAGUCUUUGGAUAAAGGGGUUAGUGACACUGAGGCAGUGAAAGCCUUUAGAGCCAUGGAUUCUGACAAAGAUGGUUUCAUAGAUUUCAAAGAGUUCAUGGAAAUGUUCAAUGGAGAGGGUAGUAACACAAAAGAAGAUGAAAUCAAGAGUGCUUUUCAAGUAUUUGAUAUAAAUGGUGAUGGGAAAAUUAGUGCUGAAGAAUUGUCUCAAAUUUUCAAGAGGUUGGGAGAGAGUUGUAGCCUUAGUGCUUGUAAGAAAAUGGUGAAAGGAGUUGAUGGAGAUGGAGAUGGUUUUGUAAACUUGAAUGAGUUUACAAGGAUGAUGAAUGGGAAGAAAUUUGCAUAAGUGAAGUGAUCAAGUUUUUGGGUGUAGAAGAGAAUAAUCAUGUUUAUGUUUCUUAUGAUUGUGUCUUUCUUACAUAUAUAUAUAUAUAUCUAGUUUUUUUUGUUUGUUUUGUUUUUUUUGUUCAAUUUUGAUUUCCUGUGCUGUUUUCCUUUGACACACAAAAUAAUUAGAAAAAUUGACAACAAUUUGUUAGAUGUUAGGGAUGUGGAAUAUAAGGUUUAUUACAUU